UCGCGUUAGAGCGAGUAACAUCCGGCCACGUUAAAAUAGUUUGUUUGGUUAAAAUAUUGGCCGGGUUUUUCCUCUCGACUGAUUGAACAGUGCGCCUUUAAAAUUUUUUUCCUCUCAAAACUUAAAUGCAAAUAAACUACGAGAGAUAGACGAACUAACGAAGAAUGAACUACUGGUCGAUUUGUUUGCUGUUUGUCUCGCUGUUUGGCACGAUAUUACGUACUGGCGGUGUCGAGCUCUCGUUCGAACUACCUGACAAUGCGAAACAGUGUUUCUAUCAGGAAAUUGAAAAGAAUGAGACGGCGAUGCUCGAAUUCCAGGUCGUGACCGGUGGACAAUACGACGUCGAUGUAAUUCUAGAAGCACCAAAUAAAGAAGUCAUUUACAGACAAAUAAAAACGCAGUUCGAUUCGCAUCAAUUUACAGCAUCCAUGACAGGAGCUUAUAAAGCCUGUUUUAGCAAUGAAUUCUCAACGUUUUCACACAAACUGGUUUACAUGGAUUUUAGGGUGGGCGAGCAAUAUCCGCUUGGGGAGCAUGUAACUGUUAUGACACAGAUGGAGUCUUCGGCUCAGGAGAUACACAAGAACUUGAAUAAUAUUUUGGACUACCAAACGCAUCAUCGAUUAAGAGAAGCACAAGGUCGCAAACGCGCAGAAGAUUUGAAUACUCGUGUGCUUGUAUGGUCUGUUAUGGAAACGCUGACAAUUUUGAUCAUAUCAGUGGGACAGGUGUUUAUCUUAAGGACCUUUUUCACAGAGAGGAAACGUUAAUACAUUCAUUAGUGCAUCUGCAAGUAAUAAUACUUUCCUUGUGCGCAAUAAAGUAACUAAUCUGUCGGAUCAAUGUGGAACAAUGCCGUCAUAUUUAAUGUUUCACAAAUUCUACCAAUUAUGGUGCCAUGGUAAUUUUGGCCAGUUGUUUGUUACGUCCAUUUGUUUUGGACUCAAAAAUACAAGAAUCUAGACAGAUAGAGUAAUUUAGUAACAGAAACACGUGGUUUCCCCGAGUAUGAGAAUGUUGUGUAUGCGCGUAUUCAUGAGUGUAUAAUUUGAAUUAAGUUAUAUAAAACCUAGGGUAUUUUUAUAUGAAACCUAGGGCAAAUACCUGCUCUAUUAUGAGUAAUAAUGAGAAAUGUAAAAUUGGGCAGUCUCUUCUAAUUCUUAAGUUAACAGUACUUUGUUAUUGACAGUGUAACAUCGUCGUAAGAAACACAUUUUUCUUACUGUGAAUGUGAAAUAAUAAACUAGACAAUUUGCGCGUAUGAACGUGUUACUUUCUACAAUUUUCCCAUCUUGCUAAGGAUGUAAUUAAUGUAAUUUGUUACGCUUGUACUUAAUGUAUUAAUUGACAAAUAAAGAAAAUUCAAAUUUGCA